AUGGUUAAUAUUGAGAUUAGUCAAACCAAUAAUCAUCAAUCCUUUUCAUUUCCACUAUCAGCUACUUCAUCAUCAUCUCAUCAACAAUUCCAACAAUUUCGAUCAUUUCCACCACCGCAUUCAUUACAUUCACCAAACUUAAUAAUACCACCAAUACAUUAUCAUCAACAUCACCAUCAUUAUCAUCAACGAUUGAAUAAUACAAAAACCGCCAUUCAUCAAUCUUCUUCUUCUUCUUCAACAACAUCACCAAUAACACCAAUAACAUCAUCAUCAUCACCAUCACCACCAUUCUCUUCAUUCAUCACUUCGACAGCAACAAAAAAAACUUCGCCAAUUUCAAUAACAAAAGUUCAUUCACAAUUCAUUCGUAUUGAUAAUUAUAAAAUAACAUUCUUACCUACGAAUAAUAUUUUAUUUCCUAAAAAUAAUUCAAGACUUGAAUUAUGUUUAAGACUUACUGAAAAUGGAUUAUCUAUUAAUAUGAAUAAUUUAAUGCAAGAUGAAGUAUUCAUUCCUAUUGAUCAAGUGAACCUUUAA